AAUUAAUCAACCCAGCAAAUUUCAUUAUUCACCCAUUCCUCAACAAAACUCGCUUCGUGACCAUUUUGCCUUCUCCGUCUUGCUUUUGCCUUCCCAGGUGGCAACAAUCAUAGCACCCGCAUUUCAGAUUACCGGAAAAUCUUUGUUAAAUCCAAAUCCAAAUCCAAAUCCAAAUCCGUAGAAAUAAUAAAUAAUAACUCUUUUUUAGAUAUAAAAAAAUGAUAUACAAUUAUCAUUGUGUUCUUCACGAGAAAAAGCCCGUAAUCCUUUCCUUUUCCUUUUCUUGCUCUAGCUGGACUUUGAAAAAAAUUAAGAAGGAAGAAAGCUGCCGCCAAAUGCCUUUACGUCCUCUUCUUCCCUUUUAAUCUCUCAAUAAAAAAAAAAACCUCAUGGCUGACGAUCUCUGCUUCUUCUUCUUCUUCUCCAAGGAUUCUUUUAUUAUAAAGGCUCCUAAGAAGUCGCCAUUAGCGUUAAGGAUGGUUGUUUUGGUGUUUGCGAUGGUUUGUGGUGUGUAUAUAUGUUCAAUUUGUCUUAAGCAAAUUGGCAUUCGAACAAAUCCUGGAUUUUUAAAUGUUGAAGUGAUUGAAAGGCCAUGUCCGGAACCUAAUAUUGAACCUUGGGAAAUCCCUUAUGUGCACUACCCGCGGCCGAAAACUUAUAGCAGGGCUGAAUGCAAGUGCAAUCCUGUGCGGUAUUUUGCUAUUCUGUCAAUGCAGAGAUCUGGGAGUGGAUGGUUUGAGACAUUGUUAAAUAAUCAUACUAACAUAAGCUCAAAUGGAGAGAUUUUCUCUGUUAAAGUUAGGAGGAGUAAUGUUUCGACGAUUACGGAGACUCUCGAUAAAAUUUAUAAUCUGGAUUGGUCAAGCAGUGCUUCCAAGAAUGAGUGUACUGCGGCAGUUGGCCUGAAGUGGAUGCUUAAUCAGGGUGUGAUGCGACACCAUGAAGAAAUAGUGGAGUACUUCAAAACCAGAGGUGUUUCAGCUAUUUUUCUCUUCAGGAGAAAUCUGUUACGCAGGAUGAUUUCUAUACUUGCAAAUUCUUAUGAUCGAGAUGUGAAGCCACUGAAUGGAACCCAUAAGUCCCAUGUUCAUUCGCCUCGUGAGGCAGAGAUACUAGCGAAAUACAAGUCUUUGAUCAAUACAACUUUGCUGAUACCCAGUCUGAAGCAAGUAGAAGACACAACUGCCAAAGCCUUAGAGUACUUUAAGAGUGCAAGGCACAUUAUUCUUUACUAUGAAGAUGUAGUCAAGAACCGCACGAAAUUAUUAGAUGUUCAAGAUUUUCUAAAGGUUCCACGAAGAGAACUUAAGAGUCAUCAAGUAAAGAUACACAAAGGAUCCCUAUUGAACUAUGUUGAGAACUGGGACGAAGUCCAAAAGUCUCUGAAAGGAACGCACUAUGAAAGCCUCCUAAGUGGAGACUACUGAAAGUAGAGCCACUGUAAUGAUGUGCAUAGCACGCUCUACCAUCUAACAUCUCGUCCCUCUACCUGUUACAGGACGAGGGCCUGCUGGCUUUUCAAUUUUGGCUGCAGCAUGGGCAUUACAGUUCUCAAUUUCUUAUUCCAACAUUUUUCUCACCAAUUUAAUAUUCCAUUUAUUCUUUUUUAUCUUUUCGCUUUGGGAGAACUCUUGUAUUAAAGUCAAGCAAUGUAAGUUGCAGUUUGACCUUACCUUUUCUUGUCUGUGCAUCAAUGUGUUUAUACGGACUAGAAAGACAACAUAACCACCGGAAGAUCUUCAUGUAGAAUCUCUUGGCAAGAGUAUACAGAAGGCUACCGAUCUUCUGAAUUGAGAAGUUGGUAUAAUUUGUACUACCUAUGAAGGCAGACGGGUAUAAGUAGAAUGAAGAUAUUAACAAGUAUAACUUGUUGCUCAAUAUUUUUUGUUUA